UUGUCAUAGGUCAGAAGAAUAAUGCACAGGACACGCAAUGGUUAAAAAUACAAUGGCCUAUAAUAAGAUUAGUCGUCGUCAAUAUGCUACUUUUAACCGAUGUUGCUUGCUUUUUAAAUACACUGUUCCUAAGGAUGGAAUCAUUAAUUUGUAAAAGCAAACCGUUUAGCAACAUUAACCAACCAGCUAUUGCUAGCACUAAGUCUGUGAAUUCAGCCGAACCCAUUUUCGUCAUGACUGAGCGGCGGUAGCCUACGUCGGUUGAGCCGCAUCAAACGCUCCAGCGCAAGGAUUUUUUUUACUCCUCCUUCGUAUUAAAGUCGCCAUUUUGCUUCAGUGCCUAUAAAAGAAAGCUUCUUGUAUUUUUAAAUUUUCUUCAAGGAGCCAACGACGUUUCAGUCUUUUAUGCCUUUCGAUUUUUUCUUGUGCUCGUUUUUAAUGAGACUAUUGAGGUUGAAGAAGUACCUCGUGGUUUACAUAUUAAUGAAGGAAACAGGCUUGAGGAGGCUGGAAAAAGGUGAAAGUGUUCAGGUUAUUUAAUUUGCAUUUCCUUUUUUUCUGCCCCCCGUCCUCCUCCUCCUCCCUUGCUUUCACAGCAGGGGCUGCAAGCGUGGCUACUGACCGUGACGACUGUCCGUCUGCAUCAGAUCCGGCUCGCGGGACAGCAGGUGUGAUUGCCAUGUAACAUCAAAAGGCACGCAGCAAAGGGUACAGCCUGACCCCACGUGGGUGACCCGGGCCACCCGGCCACUUGUGUUGGGUGACUCCAACAUUCCAGGCAUGGAGACAUCCAGUGGGUCUCGGCUGGGGAAGCUGCCCUCAGGUAUGACCAAGAGUCGGCCCGCAAAGCAGUCGCACCCACAGGAAACAUUCAGGAUGGUGGAGACCGAGGACAGCAAACGUGGUUCUCCUUGUAAUGAGAAGUCUGAGGGAAAGAAGAAAGGAAGGCCUCGAGUGGAAGUGCAGGAGCUUCGGAGCAUCCCCGCAGCCAUGAUGAUUCAGUGGAAGGAGGAAUUCAAGAGCCGCUCCAGAGUGAAGUGUCCCAGUUCGGGCUGCUGGUUGGAGUUUCCCAGCAUCUACGGGCUCAAGUACCACUACCAGCGCUGCCAGGGGGCGACCAUAGCGGAGAAACUGAGCCACAGGUGCCAGUACUGUGAAGCUGUCUUUGCCUCCAAAGUGCGCCUGCAGAAGCACAAGCUCUGGAAUCACCCAGACAGGCUCUCUCAGGAGCCCAAAGCUGAGCCCAAACUGCAGAAGGCGCCAGUCAAGGGCAGCGCCAAGAAAAGGCCCGCGGAGAGCAUGGCCCAGGCGCCGCAGGUGUGCAAAGUGAAGAGGACGCAGGACGUGGCCCAGCCCUCCCAGAACGGAGAGUGCGCCUCGCAGAAGGCCGACAGGAAGCAGCACGCGGCGCAUCAGAGCACCUCCUCCGAGGCCUCGCCCAGGACGCCGGGGGGCAGCGAGAGCGAGGGCAGCAGCCUCCCCCCCACCUUCCCCGAGGAGGACCCUGAGAGAACAAGGCACAGGAGGAAACAGAAAACGCCAAAGAAGUUCACCGGGGAGCAGCCCUCCAUCUCCGGGACGUUUGGAUUGAAAGGAAUGAACAAAGUAGAAGAGAAGCUAAAGAGUGGAAGGGCUAAGAAAGUGGACGGAAGCAUUUUUAGUGAGGAGCCCAUGAGAAAACUCCAGACUCCAGCCGUGAAGAAAGACCUGACCUCUCUGUGCUCUGGGAGCCCCGAGGUGCAGUGGCAGCACACCAUCACCGAGAGGGGCGAGGUCGUGUGCCCCAACUGCUCCCUCGUCACCAGGAAGACCGUGCUGGGGCUCAAGAAACACAUGGAGAUCUGCCAGAAGCUCCAGGAUGCUCUGAAAUGCCAACAGUGCCAGAAGCAAUUCAGGUCCAAGGCGGGGCUGAACUACCACACUAUGGCAGAGCACAACAACAAGCCCUCAGGGAGUGAAGGACAGGCAGGGGACGGACAGGAGGAGCGCGAGAGACUGCGGAGAGUGCUCAAACAGAUGGGGAAGCUCAAGUGUCCCAAUGAGGGCUGCUCUGCACACUUCUCCAGCCUCAUGGGCUACCAGUACCACCAGAAGCGCUGUGGCAAGGAGCUGUCCGAAGCCGACAAACCCGUCUACAAGUGCCAGCACUGCGGUAAAACCUACAAGUCCAAAGCCGGCCUCGACUACCACUUGAGAACUGAGCAUGCUGCAGACACCGUGACCCUCAAUACGACAAAAAAAGAAGAAGCGCAUCAGGUGUCGAAGAAAGCCCAAGCUUUGCUAGAGAAGCUGGAGGCAGAGGAACAGCAGAAGGAGAAGGAGCGGGUGAAGGAGGAGGUGGGGGUGGAAGGGGAGGUGUUCAUGGAGGACUUUGAGCGGACGCCCAGCGGGAGGGUGAGGCGCCGCUCCGCCCAGGUGGCGGUUUUCCACCUGCAGGAGAUCGCUGAGGACGAGCUGGCCAGGGACUGGGGCAACAAGCGCCGCAUGAAGGACGACCUCGUCCCCGACACCAAGAGACUCAACUACACUCGCCCAGGGCUUCCAACAUUUAACCCCAAAACGCUGGAAAACUGGAAGAAUGAAGUCAAAGAGAAGGGCUUCAUCUGUUGCCCCAACUGUAGCUGUGAAGCUGUCUACUCAAGUGUUUCAGGACUUAAAGCUCAUUUAGCAAACUGUAACAAGGGUGGGGGCGCUGUGGGGAAGUACAGGUGCUUGCUGUGUCAGAAGGAGUUCAGCUCAGAGAGUGGUGUGAAGUACCACAUCAGCAAGACACACUCUCAGAACUGGUUUCGCGCCACCAGCCACGUGGCCCCUAAGAGCAAGAGGAAAGAGCCGCAGAACGGCUUGCAGACGGACCCGAAGAGCAGCGUGGCCGGGAAGAAGAGGGGCCGCAAGCCCAAAGAGAGACCCCCGGAAGACAGGCAGAGGGACAAGGAGGGGCCCGUUUGGUCAGAGACUCAGAGCACUGCGCAUGCCUUGGCCCCCACACCCCCCACCCUGAACAGAGACACAACCCCGCCCACCAAGAAAAGGGGCAAGCCCAAGAAGAUUCCAGCCAAUGAGUAAUUCCUGUGCGCAAGACCCAGUCAGGAUGCUUUCAGCAUUAUACCCAUAAAAAAUAGAACAGUAAUAACAAUAAUAAAAAUUAUAAUGAUAACAAUGAAGCAUUUUGCUUUGAAGUGAAGGAAUAUUUUAGAAGUAAAUUUAAGAAGCUAAGAAAACAAAUUUAAAGCUAUUUGUUCUUGUAUUUAAUUUCAAACUGACCAUGUGUUUUUAAACCUAAUCUGUAUGAAUAUAUACAGUAUAUGUGUCUGCUGGUAUAUACUGAUAUAUAGUACUCUCUUUUUUCCAUCCAUUCCAUUUUAAGAUCUUAUUUUAAAUAUUAAGCUUCACAGAAGGGGUUCAUUGUAAUCAAAGUGGAAAAUCCCUCUUUAUAUGAAUUUUUUUUUUAAACAAAAGUAAUAUUUAAAUCAAUUUUGCAUAGUUAUCUCUACAUGUGUGUAGUUUCAUGUUGUGUUUGAGAGGUUAUAAAAGGAUCUAAAAGUUAUUCAAUUAGCAUGGUGAGCUAAUUUACUAGUGUUUUUAUCACAGUUAUAGCGUACUGUGUAUAUAUACAAUAUACAUGCAUAUAUAUUCAAAGCAAUGAAUUUGUCCAUUUUCAAGGCAGGAAGUUGAAAACAUUUCAUCAAAAUAUUUUUUAUUCCCCAAAUUUUUUGUUUGUUUUCUGUUUGGUGUAUCCCUCUUGUUGAUUGUGGCAGCUGAAUAUUGAAACGUGUUGUCUUCAGAGAUAGCAAGAUAGCUUUUGGAACAGUUUGCUAUGGUGCAAUAUUGUAUUAUUUUAUGUUGUUUUCAUUCUUUUUGUUUAAUGUUAAUGUCUUUGUUGUUCAACCAGCACAAAAUAUGGGCAGACCAAUCUAUUAGCCAUUUCUGAAAAGCCUUCUUGUACCCCUGAGCAGUAGUUUAGUAGUUGUAGCUUGGACUGGCAUGGUAAGGUGUUUUGUUAAGUUUAAAUCUAGCAGCUGCACAGAGAGGGUAAAAAUAGUACUGGUCUUGUCGGGCUAUGUUUUUAUUUGUUUUGAGCGACAUGGAUAUUGUUACCUUGGGGCUCACACAAGAUUGGAGAUAGAGACAGGCAGAUGGUACCACAUGAAUGCCGUUGGGAAAUUCAAACAGUAAGCAAGGAAAUAAUCCAUGAAUCCUACAGUCAGAGUAGUUAAAAGCAAUCUUAGAGAUGAAAUGAUUGUUUUGGGAACCAUUUAACAUUUGGCAAAAGCUGUUGAAAAACUGUGUGCUCCAUGUGUAAUGUUAUUCUGUAGUUUUCAGUUAUUCAUUUUGAUAGCAUUUUAUAUUGAUCCCUCAAACCAUCAUCUGUCAGUCCUUACCCAGACUACAGACAACAUUUAUGCAGAUGAUGUGUAUAAUCUUCUUAUGGUCAAUAGUUUUGUUACUUCUGCUGCAUUUUACCCUUUCAAGUAGAAUAAGAAAUGCACAAGGACUGCAAGCUUAACCUCAGUGACUAUAUGCAAAACGAUUACUGAAUUACAGUUGUAUACUGUACAUACAGUUACAAUGUUACAGCACUGCAGCACAAUCAUUUGUAGCUACCAUUUAAAACUUGAAGUUCAAGUUUGCUUUCACUCACAGAAAUCUAGAAAUCAGUUGCUUCACAUUAAUCAAGAAUAGCCAUUAUCUAUAAAAUGAAUAUUGAAAGCCCUCCUAACAAUAAUAUAUAUAUAUAUACAGUACUGUGAGAGGCAACCAUGGUUCUGUUCUCUCUUAAAGGCUUGCCAUUUCCUAAAAUGCUCUUGCCUUGCACUUUAAAACACACUUUUUAUCUUGCACUUCACAGCACUGUUUAUCUUCACCUUAACCUUUAUCCCUGGUUAGGUGUACGUACAGAUGUUGCAUCAGCAUGACAGCGAAUCAGCUUCGAGUUCAAGAACAGUUGAUAUUCGUUGUCACGGUUUCUAAACAGUGUAACAAAAGCUGUAUGAAAAGGGUUGAUCUCCUGCACAGCAGUUAGCCAUAGUAAUGAAUUAGAGACCAGUAGGAACUUUAAGACUGUACUACUUUUGUAUUACGGUUUAAAGAAAGUUUUUAAAAAAACAAAAUAGUGUGCAAUGUAUGACAAUGUAUCAGAGAGUAUAUCACAACCAGUCCGUGACAUGAAACAUGUCUUGUGGGCACAAUGUAAGGCAAAUUAAUAUUUAAUAAGGUACUUCAAUUAAAAAUAACUCUUUAAAAUAUCCAGUACCUUAAUUACACAUCAGUCUCAGCAUUGCAAAGAAUGAAAAUCAUUAUUGAUUACAUAAUUUAUAUAUAAGAAAGUUUAGAAAGCCUGUUCAAACUGGCAUAUGCACAUUUAUUUUAUGAUCCCUUGUAAAUAUGAUACAUUAGAAAUCAAAUAAUAUCUGGGGUGGAGAAGGAAAAAAGAAAAUACAGUACAUUACCAUACAUUGAACAUAAGAUGGUCUGACUGCCAUUCCGCUUUAAUUAACAGUUCAAUGGGCCUGUUCAACGUGAUAUAAUCCCUUUUUUUCUGAACUUGAAUUGCAACAUGUGACCGUAUGUUGAACCACUACACAUUCUUGCUGAAACCACUCAUGUAGCCUUGUAACAUUGUUGUGUAGUUAGUUUGACAGGAUUUAGAGUCAUCCCAUUGUUGAUUGGCAACUGAUAACUUCUUUGCAGUCACACAUUUAAUUUCCCUUUUUAUUUUCAUCCUUAAAUAUAAAUGUUGAUUUGAAUAGAUUGCUGCAACCUGUGUGAGAGAAGAUGAUCUAAAAAAAACUCCAUUUGAAAUGCAUUGUGGGAAUUUGAUGUAUUCUGGGGGUCCGGAAGUUAGUACAUCCCUGUCUGUAAUCAUUUUGUAUGCUUUUACAACUCAGUUUUAUUCCAGCGGGCAAAUGGGCUGACUGAAAUAUGUGGUAUUGUGCUCUUUCGCACUGAUGGCGUGAUUCUAGCUGUGUUCUCUAUGCCUGCACUGAUUCUGGGAUAAUGAGCAGAGAACAUAUAUCUUGAUUUUUAAUAGCAGUUUGGCUGCUGUUUGUUUUUUUGGUUGUUUUUUUAUGGGUUUGACUCCUGUUUAUUCCACGCAUGUUUAUUAUUUCCAGUAAUUGUUCUUUAUUGCUUCUCUAUUUAUUUUUUUCAUAUCACUGAAUUGUGUAUUAAUGAUAAGCUUUGGUGUCACACUAUGAUUAUGAUUGUGUAUCACUGUUUUAUACACAGAAGUGGAUUUAUCCUGCCCUAAGUAAUGUGUCUUCCUAAACUAUGUGGCAUACACAUAUUCAGCAGUUGAAGCUUUAAGGCUGUGUUUAACUAUUUUGAGAUUACAGCAAUAUACCACACUGUGUCAACCUUAAGUGACAUCAGAGAGCAAAGCUCUGUUGCACCUAUUAUGGUUUUUCCAGCUCUUCUCAUUUAGUUUUUUUUUUCAUUCUCACUUAAAUCUUCAGUACAUUCAACAUAUACUGUUUCUAGAUUUUAAGUUCAGUUGCUAUUCUUGUCAUACACUGUUAUUUUAACAACCGUUGAAUGCACAUUGAAAUUUCUUUUUAUUUAAAUGGAAAAUACAUGAGAAGAGGUUUCUGUGAGCAUAAUGUUGCAUCUUUAGUGCACUUACUAUCCCAUGAAAUAAGCUUGAAUUUGAGUGAUGUUGAGCCCCUGGUGAUCGGGGCUGUGUAAUGUUUUAUUAUUAUUUUUUUUUUAAUCUGGGGAACUGUUAUAAUGAGGUGCCCUCUGUUUUGCCUCAUUUUCCUGGUGGUUCUGAUUUUGAACCCUGAAAAUUUUGCCUUUCUUGCAAAAAAUAAAAAUAAUAAAAAUGAGAAAAACUCAACCUCAGCAGGCUUCAGGUGACAAAUUAUUUGAAACUAUCAAAAGAAAAAGAAUGCUGUAAUCAUUAGGUUUAUAAACCAACCCAAGAGAAAAAAGUUCUGGUUGAAUACAAUUGUAAACAUAUUUCCAGGAGUCUAGUAAAUAGCAAGCUAAUAAACUGAAAUUGUGUCUUGAGUUUACUUCUCUGUUGCAGUAAUUCCUAUCUGAGGCUACUGAAUGAGGGAAAUGCAGCACCUUUGCUUAAUCUAAACUGUUACAAUUUUACAAAUUGUUGUAUUAACUGUGCAUUAUUACCCUUCAUCUAAUUAAUAAAAAUGUUGUUGACUAAG